AUUCCUAAAAUUUCACCAGAUAUUUUCUUCAAUCCUAACUCUACCAACCUAUCCAAAACUUCUAAUUCUCAGCAACCAGAGAAUUCUAACCAAACUCUUUCUGAAACUAAUGAGAACCAAACACUACAUACUAAAGAUCCAGAAGACGAUGAUGUUAUUAUGACAGAUUUAAAUAAUGAUGACAAUACCAAUAUUAAUGAACCUAAUAGAUCUCAACAAAACCCUGAUCCUAAUACUAAAUCACAGCAGGAGCCUUUGCUU